UCUGCUUAAAUAAGCAGAUAAUUAUAUGAGGUUACCAGCCUGAUAGGGAAGUAGUGAGAGAAGAGACUUGAUGUAGUAGUCAUGGCAGCCGCUACACUCCUCGCUGUGGACUUCGAAGUCUUUGGCCUUGUCCAGGGUGUCUUCUUUCGGAAGUACACACAGAAGAGGGCGAAAGAGCUGAAUUUACGAGGAUGGUGCAUGAACACAGAUCGAGGGACUGUCGUCGGCCAGAUGGAGGGGCAGAGUGACAUGGUUUCCAUCAUGAAAGAUUGGCUCAAGAAAACUGGAAGCCCAAGCUCUCGAAUUGAUAAGGUGGAAUUCAAGAAUGAAAGGGAAAUUCAAGAUUAUACCUUCAAGAACUUCUCUAUCAAACACUAGACUACAAUGGCAUUUGACACUGAAAACUGGAUUGCAUUCUGUAAUAUGAGAGGAAUUACAAAAACAACUGAUAUUUCAUUGUUUUACAGUAAUAUGAACCCAUAGAGAGCAUCUCAGAAUGUGCAACUUUAGGUUUCAUAUACUCUUUGUAGAAUGUCCUUACAUGAAUGGAAAAAUAUUAUGAAAUUAGUGUAAUAUAUUUUCACAAAAACUAUGGUACAGUAUAUCAGUUGUAAGUCAGUCUUUUUUUUUUUACUACUGUAUCAUAAAUGUGCCCUGAGUUAUACUGUACCCAUAACUUAUGGUUGAGACUUAUGAAAAUUAUACUGAACUGCAUUAGAAUUUGACAUUCAUUUAAAAUGUUAAUGGAUUUCAAUGCUGAUAGCUUUCCAAGAAUCUCCCAAAAUGCUAACUCAGCUAACUUCUUGGACUUAAAGUGUACCAGUUGGCUUGUAGCUGAGGUGGAUUUAUGACCAAAAAUAUACUCCACAGGGUUAACUAAAUCUUGGUUUUUGAAUGAUGUACUUGACAAGCAUUAUUGUGUAUCAUGAUUACAUAUUUAUUUGAUAUAUACCGUAUUUUAUGGUGUCGAAGAUGCUGUAUUUCCCAAAAUGAGUCGAAAAUGUAUCCAUUUUUUUUUAUUUAGCCAAUCAGAAUUGGGGGGGGGGGUGUCCUUGACACCAGAGCAUCUUGUUCACUGCAAAAUAUGUUACAUAAAUUAUAUAUCAAAACACCAUCCAGAAAUAGUGUUUUGACAUUAAAUUUUUUGCAAAACAUGUUAAUUUUGUCAUAAACAAAUCACAGUGUAUGUGAUUUGAGUUGAAGCUUUUAGGAUGCACCAAUGGAUGUAAGAUAUACAAACCUAUGGAUAAUACUGGAAGAAAUUUAUAUAGAGUAAAUCUAAUUACUUUUUUGGGGCUAAAAUUGUAUUUUGACAUACAUUAAUAAUACUAUGUUGUUGUACUGUAUAGUCAUAAAGAAAUAUGUUAUAAUGUGCUUACAAGCCAUAUACUGGAACACUAAUUUAAUAUGUAGAAUAGCUUUCCCAAUCAUAGUUUGGAAAUUGUAUUUACACUCAAUGAAAAUAAGAAUAGUGGUAGCUGUCUGAAAAGCUUAAUAUGGUUGGUAAUCCCACAUUUAGUAAUCAUGUUUUGUUUCUUGUUUCUUACAGUUCUGUAUACAAACUCCAUUUCCCUAUAGACAACCAUGUUAUCAGAAAUGCAAAUGCUGAAUUAUUUAAGCUGUCUUCAGGUAUUCCAAUCAAAGAAAUUGUUCAAUUCAUGUUAUGGUUAAAUAAGUUGGUGAAGCUUUGGUUUAUACUGUAAUCAUUUUUCACUAAUGUAAGAUAUUCACCCCAGUCUAUUGAAAUUUACACGUUUCUGUUCAUAACUUGUUUAUUUAAUUUCUGUCCUCUGAAUAUCAGGUAUAUACAGAUAUCACUGGGUUUAGAAGUAUAUACAGAUGUCACUUUAUUUAGAAGUAUAUACAGAUAUCACUGGGUUUAGAAGUAUAUACAGAUGUCCCUGGGUUUAGAAGUAUAUACAGAUGUCCCUGGGAUUAGAAGUAUAUACAGAUGUCACUUUAUUUAGAAGUAUAUACAGAUAUCACUGGGUUUAGAAGUAUAUACAGAUGUCCCUGGGUUUAGAAGUAUAUACAGAUGUCCCUGGGAUUAGAAGUAUAUACAGAUGUCACUUUAUUUAGAAGUAUAUACAGAUAUCACUGGGUUUAGAAGUAUAUACAGAUGUCCCUGGGUUUAGAAGUAUAUACAGAUAUCACUGGGUUUAGAAGUAUAUACAGAUAUCACUGGGUUUAGAAGUAUAUACAGAUAUCACUGGGUUUAGAUGUAUAUACAGAUGUCACUGGGUUUAGAAGUAUAUACAGAUAUCUCUGGGUUUAGAGGUAUAUACAGAUAUCACUGGGUUUAGAAGUAUAUACAUAUAUCAUGGUUUAGAAGUAUAUACAGAUAUCACUGGGUUUAGAAGUAUAUGUAGAUAUCACUGGGUUUAGAAGUACAUACAGAUGUCACUGGGUUUAGAAGGACUAGCAGAACAAUUUGCCUGCAGAUUAAUAUUAAUUGGGAACACAUUGACCAAUCCGAUACAUGAAUAGUGUAUUUUCCACCAGUGCUAGAAUGCUUGUACUUUCACAACACCUUAAUUAAUGCUUACUAUCUUUUGGAUUCAUUGGAUCUAAUUUUUCUAGUAAAUUGUUAAAAUUUGAAUCUAAGGUGGAUAUCAGUGAUAUAAUGUGUAUCUAUUAUUCUACCAUUCACUCCAAAUUUUGCAUCUUGUAUCCAACUGUACCUAAUAGAGAAAACAUUUUUUUUUUUUUUUUGUUUAUGCUCCAAGCAUAUGGUUAUAUUGGUGGAUACAACAGAAGCAAGCUUAGAAUUUGAAGCAAAAUCUAACCAUACAUCUCAUUUGUUAUUCAUUUAUCUCUAAAUAUGAAAAAAAUUUAAAUGUUACAACUUCCUAUAUAUGAAAGCAGGUAACUAGAUUUCUUUACAAAUUUGAAUAACCAGCAUCAUGGUGGCUUUCAGCAAACUACCAGCAUAUUUGUUAUUAAAAUCCACUAAGAGAACAGAAGUCAUCAGUACAAGCUUUGUUGGCAAAAAAAAAAAAAAAAAAAAGACUUCUUUGAGUUUGCAUUUUGAUUCCUUUUGCUGUAUUAGUUUCAAAUAUGAGUUAUUGUAUUUCCAUAUUGCAUUAUAGUUUUUUUUUUUUUUUACCAUUUCUCCAGAUUUUUUAAGACUGUUUCAUGUUAUAUUUAUGUCAGUGUCCCAAAAGUUUCUAAAAUGUGAAUUGACAAGUGGAAACUGUUCGUCUUCUUGACUUCAUUGUGUCAGUAUCUUCCUAGUGUAUUAUUUGGAAACAUAAUGUUAACAGUUUAGCAAAGAUCUUGACUUUUCUUUCAAAGUUCUUGUUGAAACUUCCUGUAUAAGAUAAUGUUUAAUCUCUGUUGUUAAUAAAUUGUUAGUUUUAGCUACGCACAUGUAUUAUUUGACGUCUAAGAUGCGUAGAUAAGUGUGAAGCUAAUCUUAGAUCACAGUGUGUAGUAACUCAAAUGAGGAAACAAAUUAAUUUACACCACUCCUUAUAUAGGGUCUGGAUGUCAGUAAAGUAUUUUCUUGAAGUUUGAAAAACUUAAAACUAGGAAGUCAAAAAAAAAAUUCUAUGUAAAAACCAGCUAUAUGUUUACCAUUUUCUUUCAUUUAUGUAAAUAUGAUAGUCAUCCAGCCUAGUAAUCUCAAAAUAAGAGUGCAAUAUUGCCAAGUGAUAUUUGUAAGUUAAAAUAUUCAACAUAUCAGAUCAAGGAUUUUACUAUAUAUUGUGUGUCACUUCUUCAGAUUAACUGCAGAGACAAACAAGUACCGGUACUGUAUCAUACCAGUAUAUACUCUUUGGAUAUAUGCUUAAUACAGUAUUUUACACUUUGUGUUUUUAAUAAAAUUUCCCAUUGAUUUUGAAUGAAAUAAUCUCAUCAGUUAGCUCAGCUAAUCCAUGGUUCUGUGACAUUUACUUUACCAUCAUUUUAGGCAGCAGGAAGGGUAAGAAUUAAAUUCUAGGGAACUACAGCAGUAUCUGUCUCAGUGGAGAUAACUGUGGUUCAGAGUGGGUAUGUGAUUUCUUUAAUUGGAAUUUUGUUUGAAUGUUAUGUUGAGAACUGUUAAACCCAUAAGGGUGGGAUUUUAAUUUGUAAUUUUCUUUUGUAACUUGCUUGAUGUUUUUCCAACAGAUAGUUAAGAAUUAACCUUUCACGUAAUAUAUUAGGCAUUUAUUUUUCAAUGGUGAUUCCUGUAUAAACAUUAGUUAGAGCUUUUCAAUGACAUUCCUUUUAAGGUUUGACCACUAGAUAGGGUAUACUGUAAACAUCAUGGCUUAAUUAUAUUUUUAGCCCUACCCGUGUAUAGUUUCUCUAGAAAAUUAAAAUAAACGAUAUUAGUUUGUGGUUUGAAAAGGUAUACUUGUAUAAUGCAGUACCGUUUUGUUUAUGACCUCAUUAAUUUAUUAAGAGCAAAUUUUUGUUCCUGUUAAACCAUACUAUAUGUGAAUGUAACAUUUUACUCUUUAUUUCUUCAUACUGUAGUAGGAACAUCUAAUAAUUGUGUAUUAUUUUGUCAACUAUAGUACAGUACCCAAUACAAUCAAUAAUGUAUCAUGAGCAUGCAGUAUUACUGCGAUAUAACAUGGCGCUAUAUUACCCCACACAGGUUUGGCAAGUUUUUGUUUAUAAUUAUGGUACUGUGGUAUACUCAAAUCUGGCUACUAUUAUGCCAAAAAGUUAAAAAAUCUGUACUGAACUAUAUUCAAAUAAAUGUUAUUUUAGUUGCAGGGAAUUAGCUUUAAUAAAUACUAACAGCACCGUAUUUUUGUCAUUCUGUUAACGAUAUUAAGUACGCGAGAUAUUUUUAUUUAGUUGUUUUGUAAGCAAUAUUAAUGUUAACCCACAUGUAUUUUGUGUGCUACCUCGACUAUUGUGAUUUAUUUUGACAUACAGUGCUGUGAUUGCUCAAGUUAUGGAAAAAGUACCUGUGGAAAAAACUUAGUGUCUUCAGUUACCAUUGAAGGUUUAAUCCCAUCUGUGAUAUUUUGUGCUUGGACAUUAAAUUAUGUCAAAAUCCUUGUAAUUUUUAACAUUUAAAUACUUUUAUUGUAUUGGAUGGAAAUAAAACUAUGUUCAA